AAACACAUCAUUUGGGUGUCUUUAUUGCUGUUAUGCGAAUAACUUCACAAGAUUUCAUUAAAAAUCAAAAAAUUGAAUGAUGAAAUAACUUCCUGUUUCAGGUGAGCUACAAUGGUGUGCCAAUAAGCCUGACCCCUGGCUAUUCAACCCCUGGGUACUCCACCCCUGGUGGUGAAAGUAUAGAUGGGAGGAGAACUCCAGGAUCUCAAGCUACAGGAACAUCGUACAUCUCACAGGCCAAUAGUUCAGUGUCAUAUGAAAGUGUUGUGUAAAUCAACAUGUUGAAUACCGGUGAAGAAAAUCAAGCCUAGAAUUGAAAUAAUAAACAGGCUGUCUUUACUAGUUUUCCUGAUAAAAUGUUAAUUUUAUAUAAAGUUGAUAUCUAUAGUGUUUAAACAGAUGCUUGGUUGAUGCAAUCUUUUUAGUUCUUCCAAGAUAAUGUUAGCCUUGCCCAAGUCGGUGUUUUUUUUACUUAUCUGAUCUUAAUGUCUACAUCAACAAUCCUGGAAGCAUCAGGGAGUUGAAUUGAAACAAGGGGUUAGAAGGAGGAUAAGACAGCAUGUACAUCUGGGACAUUGACAUGUAGAUCUGUAACAUUAAACUUGAUAUGUAGAUCUGAGACAUUAAACUUGAUAUGUAGAUCUAAGACAUUAAACUUAAUAUGUAAAUCUAAGCAUCAAACUUGAUAUGUAGAUCUAAGACAUUGAACUUAAUACAGUAUGUAGAUCUGAGACAUUUAAUUUGAUAUGUAGAUCUGAGACUUUAAACUGAAUAUGUAAAUCUGUGACAUUAAACUUGAUAUGUAGAUCUGAGACAUUAAACUUAAUAUGUAAAUCUGAGACAUUAAACUUGAUAUGUAAAUCUGUGACAUUUAAAUUGAUAUGUAGAUCUGAAACAUUAAACUCGAUAUGUAGAUCUGAGACAUCAAACUUAAUAUGGAAAUCUGUGACAUUAAACUUGAUAUGUCAAUCUGUGACAUUAAACUUGACAUGUAGAUCUGAGACAUUAAACUUAAUAUGUAAAUCUGUGACAUUAAAAUUGAUAUGUAGAUCUGAAACGUUAAACUUGAUAUAUAAAUCUGAAAUAUUAAGCUUGAUAUUACAUCUGUAAUUUUGAAUUUUAUAUGUUCAUCAGUGAUGUGUUACUUGAUUUGCAGGUCUGUAAGAUUUCACUUCAUAUUUAUAUUAUACUUGUACAUAAUACUUGAUGUGUAGAUUUAUGACAUAGAAACUCACUCAAUACAUGUAUAUCUGUAACAUUUGUGAAUUUAAUUAUGGAUCUGUGACUUACAAAAUGACUCAAUGUGUGUAGGCCUAUUUAUGACAUUUAACUUAUGUGACAUAUAAGUCCUGCAGAUCUGUGAUCAUAUGGAUUAUUUUGAGCAGAAUUCAAUUGGAAAUUAUUAUGUGUAGUAUAUAUUCAUGCAGAUCUGUGAUCAUAUGGAAUAUUUUGAGCAGAAUUCAAUUGGAGAUUAUUAUGUGUUGUAUAUAUUCAUGCAGAUCUGUGAUUAUAUGGAAUAUUUUGAGCAGAAUUCAAUUGGAGAUUAUUAUGUGUAGUAUAUAUUCAUGCAGAUCUGUGAUUAUAUGGAAUAUUUUGAGCAGAAUUCAACUUGAGAUUAUAAUGUGUAGUAUAUAUUCAUGCAGAUCUGUGAUAGUAUGGAAUAUUUUGAGCAGAAUUCAAUUGGAGAUUAUUAUGUGUAGUAUAUAUUCAUGCAGAUCUGAGAUUAUAUGGAAUAUUUUGUGCAGAAUUCAAUUGGAGAUUAUUAUGUGUAGUAUAUAUUCAUGCAGAUCUGUGAUCAUAUGGAAUAUUUUGAGCAUAAUUCAAUUGGAGAUUAUUAUGUGUAGUAUAUAUUCAUGCAGAUCUGUGAUCAUAUGGAAUAUUUUGAGCAGAAUUCAAUUGGAGAUUAUUAUGUGUAGUAUGUAUUUAUGCAGAUCUGAGAUAAUAUGGAAUAUUUUGAGCAGAAUUCAAUUGGAGAUUAUUAUGUGUAGUAUAUAUUCAUGCAGAUCUGAGAUUAUAUGGAAUAUUUUGUGCAGAAUUCAAUUGGAGAUUAUUAUGUGUAGUAUAUAUUCAUGCAGAUCUGAGAUUAUAUGGAAUAUUUUGAGCAGAAUUCAAUUGGAGAUUAUUAUGUGUAGUAUAUAUUCAUGCAGAUCUGUGAUCAUAUGGAAUAUUUUGAGCAGAAUUCAAUUGGAGAUUAUUAUGUGUAGUAUAUAUUCAUGCAGAUCUGUGAUAAUGAAUAUUUUGAGCAGAAUUCAAUUGGAGAUAUUUAUGUUCAGUAUAUAUUCAGCAAUACUCUUAUCACUGAUCAAUUUUAAUAUUUUUACUAAUUAUGUCACCAUCAUAAGUGGAGACACGUUGUUAUGGUGCGUUUUGCAUGUUUUUGCCUCGUUGUUUUAAUUAGGAUUGUCAGAAUGGAAGAGGCAGACUUUGAAUGUAUUUAGUAGACUGUACCUGUACAACUGUCCUAUUUAAUGUGAAAUGAAAGACUCACUCCCGUUAUAAUUUUGUUUAUAUAGUACUUGUUUUAGUUCUUCCAAAUGUACUGUAAUGAUUAUUCAGUACAAACAUUUGCCAGCUAGUUUGUUUUCUGCAAAGAUUUAUUUAUUCAAUUAGGUUCCAAGUCAUAAGAUAAAUUGAAAUGCAGAAAGACCAUUGAACUGAAGAAUUUUAGAUUCAUGAAUCUCUUGGAAACUCUACAAGAAUACUCGUGUUGUAUUGCUACUGUAAAUUUAUGUAUGCUAUAUUAUAUUUGUUAAUAUUUAUACUUGAAGCAAUCUCAUUCUCAAUACAAAAUCGAUGACAGGUUGUUUUGAUGCAGUAUGGCAGGUCCUGCUAUACUAGUAGUUUGUAUGCACUAGGACAGACCUAUUCAUUAUAUUCCAUAUUUAUUGGCUGGAUUUACCUGGCCCUACUUUGAUAUUGUUUUGUUGUGUUGUAUCAUUAUAUAAAUGUUGUGUUAGAUAACUUAAGGGGCCAAAAAGUAUAUGGGUAAACACAGAAAAUUUAGUCUUUUUUUUGUUUUAGUUUUUAUUCUGUAAGAUGUCGAUAU